AUGGGCAAUUCCUGUGCAGUUAAAUAAGAAAUCUCAAAUGAAGAAAAGGCAGAAAUAUAAAAUGAAGAAUAAUAAAAUUAAACUCGGGCAGUGAAAAUUCCAGUGUUCACAAAAAAAUUAGGACUGAAUUUUAAAUUAGACGAAGGAAUACAGAAGAUAAGACCAAAUCACGACAACGAAUCUGUUUAAGACAUCUCAACCGAAAGGAACUUGCAAGAUUCGAAUGCCCCACAGUUUUAUAUAAUUAAUUAGAUAGCUUUUUCGUGUAGUAUAAAUAAAAUGAAGAUUCAUGCAAAGUACAUUGGAAACAAAAGCACUCUGAAGAUUUUCUAAAAGAAAUAUGUUCAAAAGAAGUAGUUUCUGAAAAAGCAUUGAUUUAAAAAAACGAAGAUGAAUAAGAUGAUUACUAUGAUCAAAUAAGGGAAAAUGAUUUGGAUCAAUUUAAAUUUUAAACAAUAUUUAUAAUGAAGUUGGUGGACAGGAAUCAAUCAUAAUUUCAAAGAAAAUGA